GCACAUGUUUUGACUUCGACGACUUUCCAACUGACACGUUCACCAAUCAACCAACCAACACGUCAACCACUGCUGGGCUGGCCCUUACGAUUCCUCCAUCCGUAUAACCGCGCUGUCUUUGGCGAAUCUUAUACUUUCGCGACGCUUCCGACAUCGACAACCUGUUCCUUUUGAUGAUCACCACCACUACCCAGACGAACCUCCCAACAUGAGGCUUAGGGGCAAGGCUGCCGCCUCCUGGCGCAUCCUGCUGUCUGUCCUUACUCUGACAGCAGCUGUUCACGCAAAGGACGACCCGACGAUUAAAGUCACGACGAUCAAACAUGCUCCCCUCAAUCUGAACUACUUCGAAGACUCCAACGUUAUUCUCUACCAAGACGUCUCCGAACAGAAUCUCUAUCGAUCCGAAGAUGCGGGCGUCACAUGGGACAGGGUCAAGGACAUCCCUGAAAACAAGGCUUCGCUCCUCACGAUGCACGAAUUCGACAAGAACCGAGCCUAUGUCAUCACCGAAGGCAUCGAACACUUCAAGACGACCGACAGAGGCAAAACGUGGCAGAAAUUCUCGAGCGGUGCGCCCCCAAACGUCUUCAACGGGCCCGAUAUCCUCCACUUCCACGCCGGCGACGCAGAUCGCGUCAUCUUCAACGGGGCCGAUUGCAUAGGCAUCUUCUGCGACUUGAUUACUUUGUACACGACGGACAACUUUAAAUCCAAGCCCAAGUUUUUGCGAGGCAACACCGAGGGAUGCUGGUGGGCCAAGUCUUCGGUCCUCUUUACCACUGGCAAAGAAGACCUCGACAAGCAACGCAUUCUCUGCAUCGUGCGAGACAAUUUCUCGCCUUUCAAAGAAGACAACAGACUGCUUGCAUCGGAUAACUUCUUCGAGAAGAUCGACAACAAGAUCCAAGAGUUUGAGCCGGAUAUGGAUACGAACCGAGGUGUGCAAGGAAUCGUCAACCUGGCUGUAGUGAAGAAGUAUUUGAUGGUCGCCACAUCGUCCUUCAACACCGACGAGAUGGCGCUUUUCGUCACCGACGACACCAUCAAGUGGCACCGUGCCAUGUUCCCCACCGACCAUGGCCACAAGGUCAACCAAGAGGCCUACACCGUCCUGGAAAGUACCAACUACAGCAUCCAGAUUGACGUUAUGAACACCAGACCCUCGAACCCCACUGGAGUCAUGUUCACGAGUAAUUCGAACGGAACCUAUUUCACCGAAAACCUCGAGCACACGAACCGCAAUACCAAGGGGCAUGUUGAUUUCGAGAAGAUCACCGGUGUCCAGGGUAUCUUCAUGGUCAAUACAGUCAAAAACUGGAAGGAAGUGGAGAAGGACAGCAACAAAAACUCCGAACCGGUUCAGAAGGAGAUCGUCAGCAAAAUUACGUUCGAUGAUGGCCGGAACUUCCACGAUUUGAAGGCCGGCGAUGACCAGCUUCACCUUCACUCGGUCACUGAUCUUGACAACGUCGGCAGAGUGUUCACUAGCCCCGCGCCCGGCCUUGUUCUUGGCAUUGGAAACAAAGGCGGGUCCCUGGGCAAGUUUGGCGACGGUGACGUUUAUGUUUCCGACGAUGCGGGCGUGACUUGGAAGAAGGCCUUGGAUGGCCCCCACAAAUACGAGUUCGGUGAUCAGGGCUCAAUUCUGGUGGCCGUGAAGGAUUCCAACAAGGAGGAUGUCGGAGAAAUCCGGUACUCCCUGGAUCAUGGUGAGAGUUGGAAGAAGGCUUCGCUCCCGGAUGAUUUGAAGAUCAAGCCCGAGCUCCUUACGACGACACAAGACUCAACUAGUCUCAAAUUCUUGCUCGUUGGCAAAACGGGGGGCGACAAUGCCAAGUUCCACAUGAUUGUUCUCGACUUCGAGGGGUUGCACGAGCGGACAUGCAAAGACGACGAUAUGGAGGACUGGCACGCUCGCCUUGACGACAACGGCAAGCCCUCAUGUCUGAUGGGCCACAAACAGACCUACCGCCGCCGCAAGAAGACGGCCGACUGCUUCCUGAACCAGGAGUUCAAGGACCCUGUUCCGGUUACCGAAGACUGCGAGUGCACGGACGCAGACUUCGAGUGCGACUACAACUUCGUCAAGGAUGGCGACGAUUGCAAGAAGGCGGGCCCGAUCGUUGCACCGGACAACGCGUGCAAGAACGCCAAGCCGGAUGUCACUUUCAAGGGCUCGUCUGGCUGGCGCAAGAUUCCAGGGAACACCUGCAAGCGAAAAGACGGUGCUCAGAAGGAUGAUCCUGUUGACCGGAAGUGUUCUGAUGUUGUCAAUCCUCCAAGCGCCCCUGCCGACGGCAAGAUCAAAGCGGUUCAGCAUGUCUUCAAGACUGACAAAAAGGAUUUUGAGAAGAUCUACUUGGAGAGAGGCGAGUCCAGCACUGAGGUCGACGAAACCAUCAUCGUGAGGCCUGUUGAAUACGCGGGAAAUAGCAUGCGGGCCGACAAGCAAAUCUGGCGAACCAGAGACCACGGCAAGACGUGGGACAAAAUCCUCGAAGACGAGGAUGUGCGAGGCAUCUACCCACACUACUUCUUCAAGGACGUCGUCUUCUUCACUACCGACUCCAAAAAGGUCGUGUACACGAUCGAUCGUGCCGAGCACUUCCAUUCCUUCGAGGCCCCCACGAAGCCUGGGUCCAGCAACCCUCUGUCAUUCCACCCUGACAAGAAGGAUUGGCUCAUCUGGGUUGGAGAAAAGUGUGAAAAGGUUAACGGCAAGGAGUCAUGCUUCAAGGAGGCGUCUAUCUCGAGAGACCGUGGCGACAACUGGAAGACCGCCAUGCGAUACGUCCAGAAGUGUGAGUUCACUGGCCACUCGGCCUAUAAGUUCCGUGAUCUGCGCCAGAUCGUCUGCCUCGCACACAAGCGUGAGGACGACGAGAAGGACAACCCAAAGGUCAUUGUGUCCAGCAAUGACUUCUUCGACGAGGACAAGGAGUACCACCAGUCGGACGUCAAGGACUUCGCUACGAUGGCCGAGUUUAUCGUUGUUGCCGCCGAAGAUAAGGAAAAGGACGGUCUGCGAGCCCUGGCCAGCUUGGACGGCGUUUCUUACGCCGAAGCCCACUUCCCCGUAAACUUCAAGGUGGGCCAUCAAAACGCCUACACGGUUCUUGACAGUUCUACGCACGCCGUGAAUCUUUUCGUGGCUACCGAGACUGCCGAAGGCCGCCGCUAUGGCAGCAUCAUCAAAAGCAACUCGAACGGUACAUCCUACGUCAUGAGUGCGCAGGCAGUUAACUGCAACGACGAAUACUAUGUCGACUUUGAGAAAAUACCCGGCCUCGAGGGCGUUGCUCUCAUCAAUACCGUAGCGAACCGUGACAAGCGCAACGAGCCGAAGAAGGUGCAGACCCAGAUCUCACACAACGACGGCUCGCAGUGGGCCUUUCUCCCUCCGCCCAAGACCGACGUGGACGGCAAAGCCUACUCGUGCAGCAGCAGCGAGGGAGACGAGAAGUGCGCGCUGCACCUUCAUCACUAUACCGAGCGUGCCGAUAAGAAGAAGACGUUCUCUGCUGCCACUGCCGUGGGGCUCAUGUUUGGCAACGGCAACGUCGGAUCGAGCCUGAGCGCCAUCAAGGAGGCCGACACCUUCAUGACCACCGACGCCGGCAUCACCUGGAAGAACGUUAAGAAGGGCGCCUGGACUUGGCAAUACGGCGAUCAAGGCUCUAUCGUUGUCCUUGUUCAGCGUGCCAGUCCGGAGAACCCAGUCAAGACGAAGACCAUUUCGUACACGACCGACGAGGGCAAGACUUGGAAGGACUUUGCAUUCACCGACAAGGAGGUCACCGUCCUGGACAUCUCCACCCUCCGCUCUGGCGCCUCGCGUAACUUCCUCAUCUGGUGCAAGGACGACGGCGGCGAGAUGUUUUCUGUCAACGUAGACUUUGCUGGUCUUACGGACCGCCCGUGCAAGAGCGACGAAAACGGCGGCUCCGACUACUACCUAUGGUCGCCCAAGCACCCAUCGCAGCCCGACAACUGUCUCUUCGGACACGUGUCGAAGUACUUGCGCAAGAAGGAGGACGCGAACUGCUACAAUGAUGCCAGGGUUCAACACCUCUACCAGCUACAAAACUGCACUUGCACGAGGAGCGAUUUCGAAUGCGACUACAACUACGAGCUUGACAGCCACAAGCAGUGUAGUCUUGUCGAGGGCAAGUCCCCGAUCUCGCCUGAGCAGUGGUGCAAGGAGAAUCCCGACGAGGUCGAGUACUACGAGCCGACUGGAUACCGCAGAAUCCCGCUCACCACUUGUGUCGGUGGCCAAGAGUUUAACAAACAGGCCCAGGCCCACCCCUGCGCCGGUAAGGAAGACGAGUUUGAGAGGCGGCGCAGAACAUCUGGAAUAGCCAUCUUCUUCGCCGUCGUGAUACCCAUUGGACUCGCAGGCGCCAUCGGCUGGUGGGUGUACCGCAACUGGAACGGCAAGAUCGGACAGAUCCGUCUGGGCGAGUCGCCGAGCUUCGACCACGAUGCGCCGUGGGUCAAGUAUCCGGUCAUCGCCCUGUCAGCGGUGGUUGCCGUCGGCGCUGCCCUGCCGCUCGUCGCCUCGGCGCUGUGGAGGCGUGCCACAUCUGCGUAUGAAAGCGUGAGCGGUGGAGGCGGAGGUAGCUGGCUCAACGGGCGAGGCAAUCGUCGGUUCACCACAAGGGACAGCUUUGCUCGGGGCAGAGGAGAUUAUGCCGUCGUCGACGACGACGAGGGCGAGCUCCUCGGCGACGAAAGUGACGAGGAGGUAUGAAGACUAUGAAGGGGGUUACGACCAGGGCAGCGUGGUUGUCGAAAGGCUCAUGGGAGAGACACAACGGCCAUCAGUUGUAUGGCAGUAUCGAUUUUCUUGGAUCUUCGAUAUGUAGGAAGCAGGCGGGCGGGCAGGCGGGCUAGGCUAGCAAAGGCAGACGAGACAUUUGCAGAUCUUUUCCCUAGAACGAGUAUAGUAUUAGGCAUGGCGUUGUCUUCAAGCCUUUUUCGAAUGACCAGACCAGGUAUCUUUACAAUGUCGUAUCACCCUCUGGCUGUUAUCGUGAUAUCAGGGUCAUGAGAACGAGAUGGGUUUGAACAACGUCGAUCAAUGGGCGACGGGCGACGGGCGGCGACCGACUUCGGCUCCCCAUCCCCUUGCGCGCAUGUACCUUACGGAUAGUAUCCGUCCGUUCACAAACAAAACAAAAAGAAGAAGAGGGAAAAGGGCGGUGAUUGCCCUGGUUUUCUCUGACUACAGAUACCUAGGCGAGAUGUGCCCGAACGUCGGAAACACCCGAGCUGGAGAACACAAUUCCGGCUACCCCGGGCCGGGGUGUAUGUGAGCAUUUCACGACGACCCGGCCGCAGGCCUCCACCCGUACCCAUCCACCUAUCUAUCCAUCCCCUCCCCCCCUUUUUCCUUCCUCGCUCUCUCCCACCCAAGACAGACCCUCC